CUAGGAAACUAGCAGAAGCUCUACCACUGCCCACAGCAAAGAUUCAAAAUUGGGGUAUGUCGAAACCUUCACUGAAUUCAUAUAUUUACUUUUCCGGUUCACCCUACGUUACACAGAAGUUGAGAUUCCUUCCCUCCGCUGAGAAAAGUGCAUUUUCUUUCUCUGUGCCAACACUGCUGGAUCCGAGGCUCCAGGAGGAACUGUUGGCAAAGCAGGCGUUUUGGGACCGCGCCUGUGAUUGCUCUGUGGCGCCGACUUCUUCUCUCUGUUACAUCCAUAUACAAAUGCAAGCUUAUUUAUUUAUUUUAAUUCUCCCUCUCUUGCUAGCAACCUGUGGACUUGGCAUCUGACUGGUGCGGCAAGGAAGGAGGCUGGUAGGUAAGCGCUACUGUGCCCAACCUGGAACUGCCUCUUCGCAGUCUUCAGGAGCAAGUCCCCCAUUCCAGCUCCUCUGGCAGAGUAUGGAGUUACCUGCGUCCGGGGCAGGAAACCAUGAAUGUGCCCUUCUGCCCCCUUGCCUUUCUGCCACUCUUUGAGUUCCCGUCCUUAAUUGAAGAGCCAGUGACUAUUGGCUGAAAUUCCCCCAGCGAUUUGCAUGAACCGAGAGGGAGUGUCUUCUGCCGCCCUCCCUUCAAGAGCGCUCUGACUGCAGCCUCCCGGGGAAUGCGCGGCCGAGGGAAUGCGCGCAGCUCACGGGCCCUGGGAGUGAGCUGGUGCCCGGCGACCUGGCACCCGCGCCUGGAUAUGGGGCGUCUACAUCGUCCCAGGAGCAGCACCAGCUACAGGAACCUGCCGCUGUUUCUGUUUUUCCUCUUCGUGGGACCCUUCAGCUGCCUCGGGAGUUACAGCCGGGCCACCGAGCUUCUGUACAGCCUAAACGAGGGACUGCCCGCGGGGGUGCUCAUCGGCAGCCUGGCCGAGGACCUGCGGCUGCUGCCCAGGUCUGCAGGGAGGCCGGACCCGCAGUCGCAGCUGCCAGAGCGCACUGGUGCUGAGUGGAACCCCCCUCUCUCCUUCAGCCUGGCCUCCCGGGGACUGAGUGGCCAGUACGUGACCCUGGACAACCGCUCUGGGGAGCUGCACACUUCAGCUCAGGAGAUCGACAGGGAGGCCCUGUGUGUUGAAGGGGGCGGAGGGACUGCGUGGAGCGGCAGCGUUUCCAUCUCCUCCUCUCCUUCUGACUCUUGUCUUUUGCUGCUGGAUGUGCUUGUCCUGCCUCAGGAAUACUUCAGGUUUGUGAAGGUGAAGAUCGCCAUCAGAGACAUCAAUGACAACGCCCCGCAGUUCCCUGUUUCCCAGAUCUCGGUGUGGGUCCCGGAAAAUGCACCUGUAAACACCCGACUGGCCAUAGAGCAUCCUGCUGUGGACCCAGAUAUAGGCAUUAAUGGGGUACAGACCUAUCGCUUACUGGACUACCAUGGUAUGUUCACCCUGGACGUGGAGGAGAAUGAGAAUGGGGAGCGCACCCCCUACCUAAUUGUCAUGGGUGCUUUGGACAGAGAAACCCAGGACCAGUAUGUGAGCAUCAUCAUAGCUGAGGAUGGUGGGUCUCCACCACUUUUGGGCAGUGCAACUCUCACCAUUGGCAUCAGUGACAUUAAUGACAAUUGCCCUCUCUUCACAGACUCACAAAUCAAUGUCACUGUGUAUGGGAAUGCUACAGUGGGCACCCCAAUUGCAGCUGUCCAGGCUGUGGAUAAAGACUUGGGGACCAAUGCUCAAAUUACUUAUUCUUACAGUCAGAAAGUCCCACAAGCAUCUAAGGAUUUAUUUCACCUGGAUGAAAACACUGGCGUCAUUAAACUUUUCAGUAAGAUUGGAGGAAGUGUUCUGCAGUCCCACAAGCUCACCAUCCUUGCUAAUGGACCAGGCUGCAUCCCUGCUGUAAUCACUGCUCUUGUGUCCAUUAUUAAAGUUAUUUUCAGACCCCCUGAAAUUGUACCUCGUUACAUAGCAAACGAGAUAGAUGGUGUUGUUUAUCUGAAAGAACUGGAACCCGUUAACACUCCCAUUGCGUUUUUCACCAUAAGAGAUCCAGAAGGUAAAUACAAGGUUAACUGCUACCUGGAUGGUGAAGGGCCGUUUAGGUUAUCACCCUACAAACCAUACAAUAAUGAAUAUUUACUAGAGACCGCAAAACCUAUGGACUAUGAGCUACAGCAGUUCUAUGAAGUAGCUGUGGUGGCUUGGAACUCUGAGGGAUUUCAUGUCAAAAGGGUCAUUAAAGUGCAACUUUUAGAUGACAAUGAUAAUGCUCCAAUUUUCCUUCAACCCUUAAUAGAACUAACCAUCGAAGAGAACAACACACCCAAUGCCUUUUUGACUAAGCUGUAUGCUACAGAUGCCGACAGCGAGGAGAGAGGCCAAGUUUCAUAUUUUCUGGGACCUGAUGCUCCAUCAUAUUUUUCCUUAGACAGUGUCACAGGAAUUCUGACAGUUUCUACUCAGCUGGACCGAGAAGAGAAAGAAAAGUACAGAUACACUGUCAGAGCUGUUGACUGUGGGAAGCCACCCAGAGAAUCAGUAGCCACUGUGGCCCUCACAGUGUUGGAUAAAAAUGACAACAGUCCUCGGUUUAUCAACAAGGACUUCAGCUUUUUUGUGCCUGAAAACUUUCCAGGCUAUGGUGAGAUUGGAGUAAUUAGUGUAACAGAUGCUGAUGCUGGACGAAAUGGAUGGGUCGCCCUCUCUGUGGUGAACCAGAGUGAUAUUUUUGUCAUAGAUACAGGAAAGGGUAUGCUGAGGGCUAAAGUCUCUUUGGACAGAGAGCAGCAAAGCUCCUAUACUUUGUGGGUUGAAGCUGUUGAUGGGGGUGAGCCUGCCCUCUCCUCUACAGCAAAAAUCACAAUUCUCCUUCUAGAUAUCAAUGACAACCCUCCUCUUGUUUUGUUUCCUCAGUCUAAUAUGUCUUAUCUGUUAGUACUGCCUUCUACUCUCCCAGGCUCCCCGGUUACAGAAGUCUAUGCUGUCGACAAAGACACAGGCAUGAAUGCUGUCAUAGCUUACAGCAUCAUAGGGAGAAGAGGUCCUAGGCCUGAGUCCUUCAGGAUUGACCCUAAAACUGGCAACAUUACUUUGGAAGAGGCAUUGCUGCAGACAGAUUAUGGGCUCCAUCGCUUACUGGUGAAAGUGAGUGAUCAUGGUUAUCCCGAGCCUCUCCACUCCACAGUCAUGGUGAACCUAUUUGUCAAUGACACUGUCAGUAAUGAGAGUUACAUUGAGAGUCUUUUAAGAAAAGAACCAGAGAUUAAUAUAGAGGAGAAAGAACCACAAAUCUCAAUAGAACCGACUCAUAGGAAGGUAGAAUCUGUGUCUUGUAUGCCCACCUUAGUAGCUCUGUCUGUAAUAAGCUUGGGUUCCAUCACACUGGUCACAGGGAUGGGCAUAUACAUCUGUUUAAGGAAAGGGGAAAAGCAUCCCAGGGAAGAUGAAAAUUUGGAAGUACAGAUUCCACUGAAAGGAAAAAUUGACUUGCAUAUGCGAGAGAGAAAGCCAAUGGAUAUUUCUAAUAUUUGAUAUUUCAUGGUGGAAUAACACAGAGAAAUGUUUUAACUGACUUUGGAUCUUCAUCACCUAAAAAAGAGUGUGUUGAUGGCAGUUCCAAUGAAGGACAACUAAUUUAUAACUUGUUCUAUAUUGUAAAUAGCUGUUUACAGGUUUUUAAAUUUAAAUUCAGAGGUUAUAAAAUGUGUACAGCAUUUUUAAGUGAAAAUUAGUACUAACAGCUAUAGGACUUGUAUUUAAAAAAAAAAAAAAAAGCUUGGACAUGGUUUGCAGCUUUCAUACACCAAGCAGAUGAUUGAUAAAACCUGGGAGUAAGGUAAGAAAAUGGAACACAUUUUUAUCUAAGAAUCCCUGUCACCACAAGAGGGCAUCAGCUGCUCCUUUGCAGGAAACUGAGGUACUGUACUUGGCAGUUGUACAUGAAAUUAAUGAAAGAGUAUAUUUUAAAUAUAUUGUUUUUAACAUUAAACAAAUAUGAAAUUAAAGUAAAUUAAAUUUCACCCUAUUUAAACAUAUAAUAAAAAAAGAAAUGCACUUGUAAACAGAAUGUUUAUUACCUCAUAAGUGCAUAUAUAGUUUGAAAGAGAAGGCAUUAAAAAGAAGUGCAAUUCCUUUUUAGCAAGGAUAAAAACAUUGCCUUGUGUUACAGAUUCGGCCUGCUGAAGAGUAUUCCACUUUCUGUGUACUUGAAUUGCUUUCUGUUUGCUUUACCACUGCACUUGCUAUUAUUACAAGGGAAAUUGAUAUAUACAUACAUAUAUAUAUUCUUCAUUACAGGAAAUGUAACUAGAUAUUGUGCCCAAGAAAAACAGCCAGAAGCAAAGAAAUGCUUCAAUCUUUAGUUGCUUCAUAGGCAUUCAUGACAUUUUAGUGCUUUUACAAC